CGCGCGCGCGUACGUCGCACACAAAAACAAAAACUCGUACGUACACCACGCGAAGCACGUAGUCAUGGCACGCAUUAGCCUCUCGUUGCUUCUCGCCGUCGCGUGCUGCUGCUGCCUCGCCGUCGCCGCCGUCGUUUCCGCGGGGAGGCCGGCGCCGGCGGCGUCGACGAAGGCCGCCGACGCCGACGCCGACGCGGGCCCCAGCAGCUUCGUGAGGACGUGGUGCGCGGGGACGGCGUACCCGGCGCUGUGCGGCGCGACGCUGGCGCCGUACGCGGCGGCGGUAGGGGAGAGCCCCGCGCGGCUGGCGUGGGCGGCGCUGACGGUGACGCUGGCCGGCGCCCGCAACGCGACGUCGGCGAUGAGGUCGAUGGCGGCGGGGGCCGGCGGCCGCCUCCCGCCGGCGGCGGCGCAGGCGGCCGGGGACUGCGUCAGCAUGCUCGGCGACGGCGAGGACGCGCUGCGGCAGUGCGUCGACGCCAUGGCCCGCGUCGGCGAGCAGGAAGGGCGGCGCGAGGCGGCGCGGCAGGUGAGGUUCGAGGUGGACAGCGUGCUGACGUGGGCCAGCGCGGCGCUCACCGACGGCGACAUGUGCAUGGAAGGGUUCAAGGGCGAGGCCGCCGGCGGCGGCGGCACCAGGGAGGCCGUCCGCGGCCACGUCAUGGGCCUCGUCCACCUCACCGCCAACGCGCUCGCCAUCGUCAACACCAUGUCCAAGCAUAUGACGCCAUGAUUAAGUACACACAGCCAUGGACGUACGUACGUCGCGAACUCGCCAUACGCAUAUAUACAGUAUGUUUUGUACGUAUGUAUACCGUCGUAAAACAUCAUGUUUCGUAUGCACAUAUAUAUACACGAAUACACUUGUAUAAAUGCAUUUGUUCCUUGUGUAUACAUCCACUGUGAAAAACUAUAGUCCUCGUCUUUUCACUUAUGC